AUGUCAGACUUCGACGAGACCCUCCGCUACGGCGGUCCACAAGCAGAUGAGGAGAAAGAUGUGCGUAUUCUAACCACAAUAUCGAUAGAUGCCGCACGCAAAGCCGAAGAGCGUGAGCGUAAGAAGGCUGAAGUGCGAAAGCGGCUGGAAGAAGCUGGACAAAAAAAGAAGGCUAAGAAGGGUUUCUUAACACCUGAAAGAAAGAAGAAGCUUAGGAAACUUCUUAUGAUGAAAGCCGCCGAAGAUUUGAAACAACAACAAUUGUUGAAAGCACAAGAACGACAAAAGGCACUUGCAUCAAGAAUUAUUCCACUACCAGACGUCGACAGCAUCGAUGAUAAGGGAAUACAUAAAUCUUAG